GUGUGAGAUUCCUGGAUGUCUGCUGCCAGUGAAACAGCUCCGAACUGCGGCCGGGUGGAGCAGGAUGCUCUCCAGGAUAUCCAGGCGGGACGGAGCUCGACUCGAUGGUUCGGCGCGGGCGGCGGGGCGCUCUGGGCGGCCGCGCCGCACUCUAUGGUGCGAUGGGAGGAGCGGCGGGGCACGGCGGGCGGCCCCGGCCCGGCGGUCCUGAAGCCUUCGGCGAGCACCAUGACGCCUCCGAAAGAAAAUGUCAGCUUACUGUUCAAGCUGUACUGCCUCACGGUGAUGACCCUGGUCGCUGCCACAUACACGGUGGCACUGCGGUACACCAGGACAGUGGAGACAGAGCUCUACUUUUCAACGACGGCCGUGUGUGUCACUGAAGUUAUCAAGCUGUUCCUGAGCUUGGGCAUCCUGGCUAAAGAAACUGGAAGUCUGACAAGAUUAAUAACAUCUUUAAAAGAAAAUGUAUUUGGAAGUCCUAAAGAAUUGCUAAAAUUAAGUGUUCCAUCUGUGGUGUAUGCCCUUCAAAACAAUAUGGCAUUCGUGGCUCUUAGCAACUUGGAUGCUGCAGUCUACCAGGUGACGUACCAGUUGAAGAUCCCUUGUACAGCUUUAUGUACAGUCCUGAUGCUGAGCCGUACCCUUAGUAAGUUGCAGUGGUUCUCUGUCUUCAUGCUGUGUGGUGGUGUUACCCUUGUUCAGUGGGAGCCUGCUCAGGCUACAAAAGUACAGGUGGAGCAGAACCCAUGGCUAGGGUUUGGAGCGAUUGCUGUGGCAGUGUUUUGUUCAGGAUUUGCAGGAGUUUAUUUUGAAAAGGUGUUAAAGAGUUCAGAUACUUCCUUGUGGGUGAGGAACAUUCAGCUGUACUUAUCUGGGAUUGUGGUGAAUUUAUUUGUUGUGUACAUGUCAGAUGGAGCCAAAGUUCUUGAGAAAGGGUUUUUCUAUGGCUACACAUACUACGUCUGGUUUGUUAUCUUUCUGGCCAGCGUGGGUGGCCUCUACACCUCGGUGGUUGUUAAGUACACAGAUAACAUCAUGAAAGGCUUUUCUGCAGCAGCAGCCAUUGUUCUCUCUACUGUGGCAUCAGUCAUCCUCUUUGGCCUCCAGAUAACUGUUACCUUCUCCCUGGGUGCUCUCCUGGUGUGUAUUUCUAUUUACCUCUAUGGAUUACCUCGACAAGACACCACAAAAAUCCAGCCCUCAGAGACUAAAACCUCUAAAGAGAGACUUGCUACUGUGUGAUGUCCAUAAAAAUGGACAGAUGGACAAGAGAAAAUAUGGACUUUGAAAAAAAACUGUGGGGUUUUUUUUUUUUUUUUUCAAAAUUAGCCUUAAGCUAGUCAUAAAAUGGUUUAAGUGGGAUAGACUAAAAGCAGAAGUUAGUUCUGUUUUACAUGUGGAGUUUCCAGUGGCUGACACUGAGGCUGCACUGCAGCUGAGGAGCUGGCUGGGUAUUUUAUGGAAGGUAUUCUUCAUUCACAUGGACAAUGAAGAGUCUCAUUUACAAGGAAAACCCAAUGAAGGAACUGAUCACUCAAUUGUAUAUAAUGUAUAUAAUGGAGGGAAAUUGGUUCUUUGUGUAUUUGAUAAACUGUCUUGCUCUUUGAGGGCAGAAAUGCCUGAAAAGCUUCAUAAAAAAAACUAUUAAAAAAGCAACUACUGCCACCAUUUUCUCUUAA